GAAUGCACGCACCACUUACCUUUCUAUCAUUCGUGACGAUCUUCCUGAAAGUUGCAUACGGCAUACGGUUACAUGCAUGCUUUGUUGUCGUGGGCAAUGCUAUGUCCAGAUGAUAAGAGAGUGAAAUUAUUAGUAUUUUGAUACACGCUAGCUGGAAAGAAAUGGGUAAUCAAGUUGCACGUGCUGGACACGCAUCCUCCAAGAAAACUGAGUCCGUUGUACAUACCGGCGACACGACCACCAAUGUAGCUAGUCUUUCAAAAAGUUCCUCGGGAACCGAAUUAGAAAAUCAUUCGCACAUGCAAUUCUUUCCAAUCGAGAAUUUGGCGAAGACAUUAUCUCAUUUGACUCAUGACGAGCAACGUAUAAGCGGCGUUACCAAAUCUGUAUUUCAACGCUACCUUUUCCCCAAUUACCCGGAGCUGGGUGAAAAUUUGUUCAAUUACUUGCACUAUGCUGCCAACAUUAGCACUGCUCAUAUGAGCGCUAAUUCUUUUAAACAACAAGCCGAGAAGUUUCUUUCCGUGAUGAAUGAUCAAACAAUAUUGGAGAAUUAUGUGAAAAUGUAUUCCAAUUUAAAGGGUGAUGGAAAUGUUACUCCCCAAGGUUUAAAGGGCUUAUUAAAUAUUUCCUACAAAAUUGCUAUGGAUAGCAGUGCAACACCUUCUUGCAUUUUCGCCGAGCAAAUAAUGAAUACGGUCAUUGUCUCUUGCUUUCAUGGUAAAUACAUCUUGUCUGUGUGUUACGUGACCAACUGGAUCUGGCAGCAUUGUCCACGUAUAGUGCAUGGUCCCCAUCAUUAUGUGGUACACGUAUUGACGACCGCGUAUCGAAGUGGCGCGGCUCUAUUGUCCAAAGAGCAACCGCAACCACAUUUGGAGAUACCAACGCCCAUACUGGAGCAACCAGAUUCCAUAGAUUUCCCUCAAGUUUUACUACCAGUGAGCUACGUGUGGUUACUAUCGAGCACACUGCCAGAAUGUUAUCUCCAGGCAGAGGAGUCUCCGAAGGAUGUACCUUACGCUUUGAUAGCGAAAAGAUUAGGCAGCGUGUGUCCGAAACAUUGGACGUUGUUGUACAACAGUUCGGAACACGGAACGGGAGCGAACCGUUUUCUGCAUCAUGUAUUAGGAUACAGAGGACCUACUUUAUUAUUUAUAAGAGCACAUAGUCCGGACAGGGACACGAUACGUCCUACGUAUUGCAUAUGCUCUGCGGUAGAGUGGCGCGAGAGUCACCUUUACUGGGGUGACGGAGAUUCCGUGGGCAUCGAAUUGUUUCCAUCUUACAGAGUUAUAGAAAAGGGAGCUAAAGUAUUGUACUUAAACACAAAUAUCAGGGGUUAUCCUCACGGAUUACGUUUUGGAAGUAAUCCGCGUUCACCGUACAUCAGCAUAGACGAAUCAUUUCAUUCGGUUAGUAUCGCAGGUGCGCCUUAUCCUAUUGCCAGCUUGGAAGUUUGGGGCUGUGGACACACGCAAUUGAGGGAGCGGCAAUUGGAAAUUAAAAAGUGGCAAGUGAAGGAAGCUGAAAAACAAAGGAUCGUUAAACUGAGUGCCAGCGAUUGGAUAGAUCAUCCUGAUCGCUACUUAUUAGAAUUAGCGGGUAGGGCAUCUUAUAAUAACGAAACGAAUAAGUAAUUGUAAACGGAACGGAUGUACGACAGCGCAAAAUUAAUUCCGGAAAUAAUAGUAAAUUGUUUGUAUAUAUGUAUAUAUUGCGAAACAUAUUGUUGUAUCAUUGCGUACUUAUGCCGCGUAUGUGCAAGAUUACAGACAUUAUGUUUUACCAAAAUAUUUUAUUAAGCGUACGUACUUAUAGUAUACGAAUGCGCGACGAGGACAGGUUUUUAUUUUGCAAUCAUGAAUAUGUUGCGUGUCUUGUUACAUGGGAACAUGUUAAAAGCGUCUCUCAAUCUCUUGUAACUUCACAUACCCGUAAUAAAAAGUAUUCGAUACGUCAUGUCACCAGAGAACAAACACCAACGAAGGGUAUGCGAAGUUGCGCGUUAACAGGAAAAAGUAUUUUAUUAACUUAUUAUUUUAUCAAAGAGUGACUUUUAUUUUAUCAAGUUUGAAUACUUACUGAAAAGACCUAAAUGCAGUAUAUAUUUCAAAUAUAUUCGAAAAUCAUAUUUUUAUGCUCAAUAACGUUAGAUAAUUGUGAAAGAUACACGAGUGAAAUACUUAAAUUAUUGCACAAACGAAAGUAUUACAAUUUGUGCGACGACGAUUUAAUAUUUGCGAUAUACACGCAUAGUACAUACGCACGCGCGUCCACGCGGAAAAGAAAGUGACAAUCGAACGGUGUGUUAAUAUUGUAAACGUUUAAUCGUCGGUAGAAUAAAAUUUAAAUAUAGUUGCUGCAGCAAAAUCUCAGCGAAUGUAUCGGUGCUGUUAUAUAUUUCUAUGUGCCUUUGCGAAUAUGUACAUUUCGGCUACUACGUGCCUUACGUUCGAGUCAUUUGAUACAAUUUAGAAGAAUGCGCAUAAUAUCUAUAUAUUUGCAUAUUCUUACAUUUGUCAAAUUGCAAAGAUUAUAGCAUGCCUUAUGUACAUAUUGUUGUUUACAACGUAAACGAGAAUCCUCAAAUAUUAGUAUCGAUAUUGCGCCUAAGUGAACUUUGAAACUAUUGUUAAUACGUCCAAGUAACUUUUAUUACCUCGUGCCCGUGACCGAUUACCUUUUUCUUUUCACACGUUAACUGUCACGCCCAUUUAUGAGGAAAUUGCGGUCAGGCCACGCAAAUUACCACAUUUUGUGACACCUGUGAAGCACAACCGUUUUUUUGUUUCAAUCGUUCCAAUAAAAUCUAUUAUUAUUAGAUUCUUGACAAGUAAUAUUUAAAUACAUUAAAAUGGUACGAUCCCGAAAUUACUUAAAAUUUAUGAAAACAAUGUAAAUCUUUUAGUUUUAUAUCAUAUUUUACACUGUCAGCCACCGGUGGUUGACGCGGCUUAAACGGACAGUUCUGUGUCAGCCAACGAUGGCUGACGUGGCACUCAACGUGUUAAUUAUCGAUACUUGAUAACUUAUUUCGAACACAAGAUUUAUAUUUAAAUAGACAAUAGAUAUAUCGAAAGAUUUUGAUUUUAUUUUGUUGGAUAAACACGCGGAAACGUUGCUUCUCGAUUGAGAAAUAAAUAAAACGAUGAAAAAAU